CUGCUGUGCUCCAUCGCCAUCCGCGCACACCAAGCACCUAUCGCAUCCCCCCAUUCUCUGUCCGUCCGGGCUAUAUUAUCGCCCACUUUUGCAUAUAUAUAUCCACCGUCCGUCGAGCACUCGCCCGCAUCUCUCUCUCUCUCCAACCCUCUCGCUCCUCACAUUCGCAUCCAGCCCCGAUCGCGCCACCCCCACGCUCCUCCUCCCAUACGCAUCCUUCUAUCAUGAGCCGAAUCCGAAUCACCGAUCUGGUCAACACCGAUGGCUCGCUUGCCCACCAGGCCUGCCCUUCUGCCUGCUCGCCCCAGUCGGCCUAUGGCCACCCCAGCGACCAUUCGCCCGCACACUCGCCCUCGCACUCGCCCUCGCGAUCCUAUGAUGCCUCCGAUGCCUUCCAUGGCUUCUCGCUGCCUUCCUAUCACUCGCUGCUCACCCCACUGCACAACCAGAAGCAUCACUACCCGGUCUCGUCCUCUUCCGCGGCCCUGCUCCAUGCGCCUGUCUCGCCGCCGCCUUCCCGCGAUGUCUCGCCCAUGUAUCCAAAGUCGCCCUCGUUCCCUAAGUUCAGCAUGGACUCGGUCUACUCUUCCCUCGAUUCACCCAUGUCCUCGCCGCAGCUCUCGCGCGAUAGCGCCACGACCUUCAAGCACCAUCACCACCACCACCACCGCUCAAGUUCCCUCGAUCCGUUCGAGGCCGAUGCCGAUCUCUCCUCUAGCUCUGGCUCGCUCAAGGCCCCUCGCGAGUUUGCCUGCAACUUUGAGGGCUGCAAUGCCACCUUCACCCGCCGCCAGAACCUGCGCUCGCACCAGAGCUGCCACUCUAACGUGCGAUCGCACGCCUGCACCGAGUGCAACGCCCUCUUCCGCCGCAAGCAAGAGCUCCUCCGCCACAUGCGUUCCGUCCAUGGCGGCGAGGAUGCCAAGGCCUGGGGCUGCCCGAGCUGCGGCAAGCACUUUGCUCGUGCCGAUGCCCUGCGAAAGCACCUCUACUGCGAGAAGAGCCGCCAAGUGAGCUGCUCCGUCGGCCUCUCCGACCAUGAGAUUGCCCAGCUGAUCCACUCUGCCUCUGUGACUGCAAAGUCCUAUCAGCUGCUACACUAAGAGAGUCUGCCGCCGGCCUGCUUAUCUAUCGCGGCUGCUCGCCCAUCCUCUCUUUCUUUUUGGCAUCCUCAUGUACGCUGCUUGCUUAGAGCCCGAGGCUGUAGUUGUCUCGGCCGUCCUCUCCCCCCCCCAUAUCCCCCACCCUUCUCCGCAUCAUAGAGCUUGUUUGUUGAUCCUCAUCGCCAGAUUGGACCCGUUCAUGGAGUUUAGUUUUUGCUUCUGUUCUUUAUCGCCGCCUUUGAUUUUGAUCGUCGCUCAACCCACCUAUCCCCACCCCCACACUGCAUGUACAUUUGUUGAUCUUUCCCAUCAUCAUCUUGAAGACCCCCCCCUCUCAUACGUGCUUCAGAUGUAAUCCGUUAUUUAACUCGUGGUGUAUAGCCUAGCCCAUGCACAGAUUCCCCUCUCCUCUUGUAAUUGUCGGAGUGCAUGGUCGCUGCAAUAUAUCUAAUUGCUCGCA